AUUUUCGGUUUCGGUACGAAAGGGGGCGUUGUCGGCGAUCAGACUGGUGGCCAUUUUUUCCCUGGUCCGAUGCUGCAAGUUGCGAGAUUGGCGAUUGGAUACGUUGUACCGUCUCUGGAAGCGCAGUUUUGGUAAAGCCAAAGAAAUCAACGGCCACGUACUGAUCGAGGGACCCUGAAAAUGUCGUUAAACACCGCCCAUGCACCGGGCGGGGUCCUCAUCUUCAAUGGAGAAAUCAUUCUCCUCUACGUCGAUGGCGUUGACCUCACUUUCGAAGGGCAAGACGCACGCGGCUUUGCGGGCACCAAGAAAGGACGACUCUAUCUCACCACUCACAGGAUGGUCUUCACAAACAAGAACACCAAGGACGCACUGCUGUCCUUCAGCUUCCCUUUCUUCACCGUCUCCAACUUGGAGCUGGAGCAGCCCAUUUUCGGGGCUAACUUCAUCAAGGGAAAGGUGAAGGCGGAAGUGAAUGGAAACUGGACCGGGCAGUGCACGUUCAAACUGAAAUUCAUGAAGGGCGGUGCCAUCGAGUUUGGUCAGGCCAUGAUCGAGGCCGGCAAGUGCGCCUCCAGGUUCAUGACGACGGACCCCCCUCCGUACUGCGCACCGACGGGUCCGUACACGUCGCCCCCUCCGCCGGCGUACAUGCCUCCGCACAACGCCCAGUACGGCUUCAACGUGCCCUACAACGUGUUCCCGGAUGCACCACCAGCCAACACGGUCUUCAUGUCGGACAUGCCGCCACCGUACCCCGGCGUCAACAGUCCCGCGCAGUAUCCUGGCGCCGGCGGCUAUCCGAAUCCUCAGUCGCAGCCGGGAGCGGCCCCGAUGGGAGGUCAGAAUCCGUACAACGGCGCGGCGCCCGCUCCGGGCUUCUAUGCCGGAGUGGCUCCCCCCGGCUACCCGGGUGGCCAGCAGCAGCCCGCCAUGGCUCCCGGCUAUCCGGCUCCGGCCGGCUAUCCCAGCCUCGCAGAUGCCAAGGCUGCCGAGGCUGCGCAGAGCGCCUACUACAAUCCGGCAAACCCCAACUUUGCCUACACGCCGUCGGCUCCGCCCGGCGCUUUCUACCAGGCGGGAGAUCCGGCUGCUCCUCAGGGUCCACCACCUCCCUAUGCUGAACAUUCCAAGAAGAACAACUGAAGGCAUAACAGAGGGUGUCACAUUUCUCCUCCUCCAUAUGGACAAACCAGAUAUAACAGGAGGAGAUACAAGUCAUGCAUGCUUCAGGACAACAAAGUUGACGGGAAAGAGAGGACGUCUGAGUAGCAUGGAGAAGCUUGCUUCACGUGAACCAGCCUGGCUGCAGUGUUAAUAUAUCUCUCUUGAAAGCACCGUUGGUCGUAACUUUUCUGUGUAUCGUAGCAGUCGGUAGUGCCUGUUUUGAGAUUUACUGCACUCGUUGUUGGAAAUAAAGGCGUCUAUUGUAGUUGAA